AGAGCUCAUACGCUGUGUUUUUCUUUUGUUGGAGAGAGGUGGUGGUGGGGGGGAUCUGUAGUAAGAGAGUUGGUCUCAUAAGUAGCAUUAAUUCGAAGUUCUUCCUGCGCUAACCUUCCUGCAGUCCAGCUUCAAGAGACAGCUUAUUAUUUCUGACUGAAAGUGACUAAAACCUAAAGCAAAUUUAACAGGACCGCUGACAGUUUAGACACUGCAAGCAUGAAUGACAUAAAACUCGCUCUUCUGGGAAGCGAAGGUGCAGGAAAAUCAGCUGUUCUUGUGAGAUUCUUAACCAAAAGAUUUAUUGGAGAAUAUGCUUCAAAUGCUAAUUCCUUAUACCGUAAAAGGAUCUCAAUCGAUGGCCGCCAAUUGAAUCUGGAAGUGUUUGAUCCCUGCUCCCAGAGCGGCGAGAGCAGAUGCAUUCUGGAAGAACCCCAGGAAUGGGCGGAUGGCUUCAUUGUGGUUUAUAACAUCAGUGAUCGUACUUCCUUCCUCAAUGCCAAAAACAUUGUGCGCCAGAUCAAAGAAGCCCGCAUCGAAAACUGCAAAGGGGAGGUGGAGGUGCCCAUUUACCUAGUCGGGAACAAGCAAGACCUGUGCCACGCCCGGCAGGUCUGUGAGGAUGAGGCCCGUUCCCUGGCCCUGGAAAACAAGUGUUGCUUCCAGGAGGUGUCCGCCGCGGAGAACUACCAGGAGAUUUUCAACCUGUUUAUCAAGCUCAUCCGCAAUGUGAUGGACCAUCUGAAGUACCGGGCUGACCGGCGGAGGUACAGUGGCUCCAAGUCCAUGGCCAAGCUCAUAAACAACGUCUUUGGCAAGAGAAGAAAGUCUGUGUGAAGCAUGCUGGGAUGCUCCUGAAAGGAUGCUGUCAGAAUUCGGCCUUCCCUCGUGUUUACACAGGGAGAGGAACGGCCUGUUCUUUGAUCCUUCUGCUACUAAAACAUCUAUCUUGCUGCAAGGACAUUUUUGUAUGGGUGCUGUGCUAUUUCUUUGAGGAGAGAAUUGUGAAACCUAUCAGCCCCCUUUAAAAUAUAAGUGCUAUAAUUCUUUUUCAGACUUUGUCUUUCUCAUAUCUGUAUUACCUUCAAGGCAGACCAUUUGAAAACAUUGUGAAGACAGCAAUAAGCUAUUGAAUCUAGCUUAUUGUGAGGUCACAUUAGUGAGGUCAGGACUUCUCAAAAUGUCUCGAAUACUGCCUUAAUUUGCACAUUAUCAGUCUCCUAAUAUGUUUUACAUAAAACUCGUAUUUCACGUGUGAUGAUAGUAUUUUAUUUAGCUAUAUGUAAAUUUUUAAUAUAUGGCACUUCAAAUACUUUUAAUCUUAAUCAGGCUCACAAACGUUAUUUAUUCACAUUUUAAGUACAAUUCAAGGCUAUAUAUUUUUUGUGAUGCAGCUAUUCUACUAGAAAAUACUGAGAUGUUACUAAAGAAUUACUAGCAUUUAAUACAUCCAAUGUCAGUGAUAAGGGUAGCUUCAAUUUGUAUCCUGUCCAGGAAUCCAUAACAGGAGAUCUUCACGCAAAAACAGACAAAUACAAUUAACCAAUUUAGCACAUCUCUGGAAGGUGGGAGGACACCAGAGCACCUGGAGAUACACACCUUAACAUUGGGAGAGCAUGAAAACUCCAUACAGAAGUUAAGUCAAAUGUUAAACAUACCUUUUCAGAGAUCAGCUGAAUUAUUCUGCUUCAGAAAAGAUUGUAUAUAAAAAAAGGCAAUAAACCUUCUAAUC